UUGGAUAUACUGGUAUACUGUUUUUUCAGAGAUUUUUUAGUGGAUGUGACCUCUAGCUCGUGUUAUUCAACGUUCAAAAAACAUCUGUUUAUUUCAAUUAAAACUAGGAAAAUACACAAUGUUAGGUCUACGAGCUGUGCUGCCAAGAGGAAAACAGGUUGCUUUGGCCCUGGGAAGUGCCACCCGACAGAUUUCCCUCGUCCAAAACUGCAGGUGCAUCGCCGGCGUCAAUUUCCCAAAGCAACCGCAGUUACAACCACAAAAACUCCAGCAAUACAGGUGCCUCUCGGUGAAAUCCACGAAAACGGAGUCCGAGGAUGCACUGCAGCGGAUUUACUAUGGAACCCUGGCGCCCCGAAUGAAGGUGGUCAAGUUCUUCUCGCUGAGCACCAGCUUAGCCGGCUUGGCCGCCCAGCCCAUUCUCCUCGAGCAGGGAAUGAAAAUCGGAGGCACCGGAAUGGCCGUUUUCCUCUGCACCAUCGGUGGAUUCUUCACCUUUGUCACCCCACUGCUGCUGCACUUCAUCACCAAGAAGUACGUGACGGAACUGCACUACAAUCCCCAAACAGAGGAGUACACGGCCACCACAAUAUCGCUGCUUCUGCAAAAGAUUAAGACGAAAUUCCGACCUGACGACGUGGUGGUUCCUGAGGUUCCCGGCAUGUUCACCUCCUUCCUGGUCAACAAACGCCCGCUUUUCGUGGAUCCCGCCCUUUUUGACGAUCCCGAGCACUAUGUUAAGAUCAUGGGCUACGACAAACCCAUCGAUUUCAAGUUGGAUAUUAGUUCAAACCCGGAAAAACCCACGAAGACAAAGGAGCAGCAAUAAAAAGGAGGGAUGUUUUAUUUAUAAAAGAUAUUUCUUCAUAAGGAAAACUCUUGUACAUAGAAAAAUUAAAGGCUUCUGAGAGCUAAAACUUAAAGAU